AACAGUUCAUAAGGGAAAGAAAGGUAGAGAUUUGAUCAUUAUCAAUGGCUUCCAACGGACAAGAGAAGCAGCAAGGUGAAGCUGGAAGGCACCAAGAGGUUGGGCACAAGAGCCUCCUGCAGAGCGAUGCUCUGUACCAGUAUAUUCUGGAAACGAGUGUGUACCCAAGAGAACCAGAAUCCAUGAAGGAGCUGAGAGAGAUUACAGCAAAGCACCCCUGGAACAUAAUGACAACAUCAGCAGACGAAGGGCAAUUCCUGAACAUGUUGCUGAAACUGAUCAACGCCAAGAACACCAUGGAGAUUGGGGUAUACACCGGCUACUCCCUGCUCGCCACCGCCCUGGCUCUCCCCGACGACGGCAAGAUACUGGCGAUGGACAUUAACAGGGAAAACUACGAAUUGGGUCGGCCCACAUUGGAAAAGGCUGGUGUGGCCCACAAAGUGGACUUUAGAGAAGGCCCAGCACUUCCUGUUCUCGACGAGCUCGUCAAAGACGAGAAGAAUCAUGGCAGCUUCGAUUUCAUAUUCGUGGAUGCCGACAAGGACAACUACCUCAAUUAUCACGAGAGGCUCAUACAACUUGUGAAGGUCGGCGGUGUGAUCGGCUACGACAACACCUUAUGGAACGGCUCUGUCGUGGCGCCGCCCGAUGCGCCCUUAAGGAAGUACGUUAUGUAUUAUAGAGAGUUUGUGCUGGAGCUCAACAAGGCUCUCGCUGUCGACCCUAGGAUCGAGAUUUGCAUGCUUCCUGUUGGUGAUGGAAUCACUCUCUGCCGUCGGAUCAAAUGAAGAGUCCAUUGAUCAUCACUAAUCUUAAGUUCUAAAGUAUAUGUCUUCUGUCUUUCUCUGUGUAACUUUUACUUUUGUUCAUACGGUGGGAAAUGAAUGAAACGAGUAAUGUGUUUUGUAAUAAUAUGAAUAUUAUAAAGAAAAUCAUUUUAUUAUUUGAUCUUGAAGUUUGAUA